AGUCAAACCCAUGGCAUACAUGAACACCCUGAUCCCAACGAGAAAAUGACCCGAUGGCGACAACCCAAAAUGUGGACCCAAUUUUCUACCCCGCGUUCUGCUUCAAGGCAUCGCCAACGCACUUCGCCUGGGUGAAGAUGGCAGCCGCUGAUGUCCAUCGACUACAGAGACCAAGGAACUUUGAAGGCCAAACAAUCUUCUUCUAUAAGAACCACCCAAUCCGCUUCGUCAGCGUCGUGGGCGUGAUCGUAGCCCGGACAGAAAUCACCAAACGUACAAUCCUGAUGCUAGAUGAUAGCAGCGGCGCCACAGUAGACGUCUGUGUCUUGCAAUCCGAUCCCAAAGAAAGGCAAAAGACAGAGACAGAGGACACCCAGGCCUCAAAUAUCUCAAAAACCGAGCCAGAUGCAUCGACAUCCCUGGAUACCCCAGCACAAACCAUCACCACAAAAACACCACUAUUACAAACAGAGCACGUCUCAGCUACAGACCGCACAAUCCUCGACAUAACGCACCUAAAACCUGGCACAACAGUCCGAGUAAAAGGCACAUUAUCCCGCUUCCGCUCAAUCAUGCAACUCAACCUCGAGCGAUUCACGGUAAUCCGCGACACAAACGCCGAAAUGCAAUUCAUCGAUGAAAGACUCCAAUUCCUCGUCGAAGUUCUCGCCGUGCCAUGGGUACUAUCCAACGAGGAGAUUGAGCAAUUACGAGCUGAGGCGGAGAGGGUGGAUGCCAAGGCUAUUGAGAAUAGGCAGCGGGCCGAGCAGCGUGUGAAAAGAAGGGCUGAGCGGGAAGAAAGGGAUUAUCGACAUAUUCAGAAACGGUAUGAGAGGGAGGAGAGGAGGAGGGCUAAGGAGGCGGGUGUUUGUAAGGAGGAUGGUAUUAAUUUUAUGCGGGAUAUGAGGCGGAAGAGGGUUUUGGAUGCGGAUGAUGGUGGGGAUGGGAGACGGUGAUGAGGAAUUAUAAUAUGAUAUAAGGCGAGCUUCUAUAUUACAUUACACUGUGUACUUGCAAGAGAUUCCCGAGCGUACACAAAAUAAUAGAUGGGAGGG